AUGUUCAACAGCACCUCCCUUAAUGAGUUCCUUCUCCUGGCAAUCAUGGACACACGGGAGCUGCARCUCUUGCACUUCUUGCUCUUCCUGGGCAUCUACCUGGCUACUSUCCUGGCCAAUGGCCUCAUCAUCACAGCUGUAGCCUGCGACCACCGCCUCCACACUCCCAUGUACUUCUUCCUCCUCAACCUCUCUGUUCUAGACAUUGGCUCCAUCUCUGUGACUGUCCCCAAAUCCAUGGCCAAUUCCCUUAGCAACACUAGGGCCAUUUCCUACUCAGGAUGUGCUGCCCAGGUCUUCCUGCUUGUCUUCUUACUUGCGACAGAGUAUUUUCUUCUCAUUGUCAUGGCCUAUGACCGCUUUGUGGCCAUCUGCAGACCCCUGCACUACGGGACCCUCAUGAGCRGCAGAGCUUGUGCCAAAAUGGCAGCAGCUGCCUGGGCCAGUGGUUUUUUCUACGCUGCCCUGCACACUGGGAACACAUUUUCAUUACCUCUCUGCCAAGGCAAUGUUGUGGAGCAGUUCUUCUGUGARAUUCCCCAGAUCCUCAAGCUCUCCUGCUCAGACACCUACCUCAGGGAAGCUGGGGUUCYUGUGGUUAGUCUUUGUUUAGUCUUUGGGUGUUUCAUUUUCAUUGUGCUGUCUUAUGUGCAGAUCUUCACAGCUGUGCUGAGGAUCCCCUCUGGGCAGGGACGGCACAAAGCCUUUUCCAUGUGCCUCCCUCACCUGACUGUGGUCUCUCUGUUUGUCAGCACACUCAUCUUUGCCUACUUGAAGCCUCCAACCCUCUCUUCCUCAGCUCUGGAUCUCGUGGUUGCUGUUCUGUAUGCAGUGGUGCCUCCAACACUGAACCCCCUCAUCUACAGCUUGAGGAACAAGGAGCUCAAGGAUGCUUUGAGGAAACUCGUCCAAUAG